AUGAAAUUCUACGAACACUCCUUUAACUACGACUACACUUUCCCCGCCGUCACUUUAGCAUAUUUCCUGCGCUAUCCGAACCCUUAUUCCAGGCAUGUUCUCAGCUCCGACGUAAUCGAUCGCUACAUUGAUCCCGAGACGAACCGGCUCCAUACUGUACGACUACAUCUGAAAAAAUCGAAAGUGCCCGCCGGCAUCCUCAAAUUCCUCCCUCGUGGCCUUGCCGGCCCAGGCGGCGCCAGUCAGAGCUAUGUCCUAGAGAAAAGUACGAUUGACAUCAAUGAGGGAUGGAUGGAAACUGAGUCCAAAAACAUGGAGUGGACGGGGAUUUUGAGCGUUGUGGAACGACAAACAUAUAAACGGCAACGGCUGUCUGAGAUAGCGUCCUCGAGUCGAUCGGGCGAUGACCUCCAGCCACAGAGACACAAAGAAACCACCACCUGCAAGACAGUUGUGACGUUUGUAUCACAUCUGGGCCAGAACAAGUUACUGAGCUGGAAAAAGCAUGAGCACGCUGCAAAUGUUGAGGAAGAAGCACCAAAACAAGGCUUGUUUGCUGCGUGGUCGACUGCUGGUAUCCAGCGGACCAUCGAGCUGAUUGGUGUGAAACGAACCAAGUCAGCUCUGGUAAACGGAAAAGAAGGAAUGAAUGUCGUGCUGGAAAGACUACGGAACGGUGGGAUUGUGGGUGUCCUCGAAGGAAUGAGAAGAGACCGGAUGGAAGUGCUGGGGGCGGAUGGCCAUUGA